AUGGCGCUGAGGCUCCUGGGGACGGGGUCACUCUCUCUCGUUAGCCUUGGAGUCCUGGUCCUGGUUUUGGCUCUCCCUGCUGAUGCUGGGCUUUCUCAGAAGCAUGUUUCAGACAUCGUCGAUGACAGCAAAGAUAACAUCACCAUUUUCACCCGCAUCCUGGACAGGCUGUUGGAUGGAUAUGACAACCGCCUGAGGCCCGGGCUUGGAGACAGCGUAACGGAAGUCAAGACGGACAUUUACGUGACAAGUUUCGGCCCUGUCUCCGACACAGAUAUGGAAUACACUAUUGAUGUCUUUUUCCGGCAAUCCUGGAGAGAUGAAAGACUGAAGUUUGAUGGUCCCAUGAAAAUACUUCCCCUGAACAACCUGCUGGCCAGUAAGAUCUGGACUCCUGAUACCUUCUUCCACAACGGGAAGAAAUCUGUUGCCCACAACAUGACAACACCCAACAAGCUGCUGCGCCUGGUCGACAACGGCACCCUCCUGUACACCAUGAGGCUGACGAUUCACGCAGAGUGCCCCAUGCACCUGGAGGACUUCCCGAUGGAUGUGCAUGCUUGCCCGCUGAAAUUCGGGAGCUAUGCCUACACAAAGACGGAAGUGAUCUACACCUGGACACUGGGGAAGGAUAAAUCAGUGGAAGUAGCAAAGGGUGGAUCUCGCCUGAACCAGUAUGACCUGCUGGGCCAUGUUGUUGGGACAGAGAUGGUCCGAUCCAGCACAG